ACAAACACAAGCCGAAAACUUUAGUGACUUAAUAACAAAAGAGAUUCGUCGAUAUUUUUAUUGCAAGACAAAAAUGAAUUAAGGCAAAUGACAGUCUUGAGGACCGCUCGCUUUCCUCCAGCGUUUAAACUGCAUUGCAACCAACUGUGUUUUAUCUUUAUGACGUUUGUAGCUUGUCGCAAAUUUCACAACAUUCAGCGGAAACUGGACGAGAACGAUUUUAUAUCGCUAUCGCAUAAAACCGAAAGUUCCAUCGACUUCUUUAUCGUAAGGAAAUUUAGCGCCAAAUUGGAUGUCGUAUCCGCCCGUGAGAAAUUAUCUCCACCGCAAAAUGCUAUUGGUUGCUACACAGGAAGCAAUAACAGUUGCUGCUUAUAACAAAAGGCGCUGGCAGCAACACAUUAAGAAGGCAAAUUUUCAACACAGCUACCGCUACCGGGUUCCUUAGCUUGCAAGUGAAAAGCGAUUCGUCAAAAGCUCCAAAAACGCUGUGGUUUGUUCAGAUAAAAGCGAAGAAAAAAAACUAAAAAGCAGGCUUAAGAGUCGACAGACUACCAUAUUCUGCCAUGAUUAACCUUACGAAUACAAAGAACAACCAAACCAAUCAAGGCGACCAACAAGGAUACGUCCUAAUACCGAGCUUGCUAGGCUGGGCUAUAUCUUACGCUAUUGUAGCAGUAGCCAUCAUCGUCGGAAACUCGCUUACAAUCGCAGCCUUCAGCACAAAUAAAAAGCUCGCCAACGCCCGCACUAAUUACUUCUUGGUGAGCCUGGGGGUAGCGGAUUUUAUGGUUGGCGCAUGCUCAAUACCAAUGUACGUAACUGAAAUGCUCUUUUAUUAUCUGCGUAAAAACGAGAUUAAAAUCCGGUUUAACGAGAUCUACCUGCCUAUCGACGCAUUUAUGGGUUUCGCGUCAAUCUUUGCACUCGUUGCUAUAGCCCUAGAUCGCGCAUACUCUGUAUUUCGCCCUCACAAGCACAAAGCUAUCACCAGAGCGACUUACUUAAUGGAGAUUUGCCUGGUCUGGCUCUUGGCGGCCUGCGUUGCUGGGAUUCGCGUUCUUAGCAAUUUCACCAGCAAAGAUAUGCUAAAAACUGUCUUCAACUACGCCAUACUCGUCUGCGUGUUCACUUCACUGAUUCUAAUUUGUUUCGCUUACGCUAUGAUUUGGCACAAGGUUAGGAAGCCUGUGAGCAAGAACCAUAGGACCGGCACGAAACACGAAAAAAAGCUGGCGGUAACGCUUUCCUUAAUCACACUUGUGUUCAUCCUGACGUGGGUCCCUUUCUACAUUAUGAACAUUAUCAUUAUGUUCUGCAAAAGCUGUUAUGUCCUUCAGUUGAUUUACUUCGCCAAGUUUUUGCACUACAGCAAUUCUUUUGCCAAUUUCAUCAUCUACGCGCUCAAGAUUCGAGAAUUCCGGAAGACCGUGGCCAAGCUUUUGCUAGGCAAAAGAAAGAAAGCGCCCUCAAGUCCAGAAAAAAGUAAAACCGCGGUUACUUCUAAGGAAGAACCAAUCUUCAUGCAAGACAUAAGAGUUAGGGGAUUCACUCAUCCACUGGAAAAUAACGGCGUCGAUCUGAUAACCGCUCACCAAUCAGUGUGAACUUAGCAUCUCUUUACAGCCAAUCAGAUGCAGCCUACACUCUACAAGCUCACUCUUAUCAAUAUUUUUUUGGAUAUUGUUGUUGUUGUUGCUGUCCAUUUCCGUUUCUUUAUUCCUAUAACAAAUCACUUUUCCUUCAUCGUUUGACCCCCAAGAGUGACCAGCAUCUAAUUUUUCCUUACAAUAUCACCACUGAAUCACGCAUUAAGGUCUCGAGAAUAAGAGGAAAUGAUCACCAACUAAAGAAGCUCUGGAUUGUUAAACAAAUUCCCUUUGUCAGCAACUUGGGAAAUGUAAAGAGAACAGUAUGGAGAAUAUGCACACUCAUGUUCGGGUGUAAAGAAUGAAUACCGUGAAUACACUACUAAUCGAGUUGUGACAUAGCACUAAGCACUCGCCGGUGACUGUAAGAGUGGCCCGAGAAUCUGCAAUACGUUUGCAAUAGAACUAUUUUCAAGUGAGUGUCGAAAGUAACCAGGGAUUGCUUAGGGUUUUGCUUUACUUCGCUCUGUGAUUGGUCAUGAAAACUCGAACCACUUUCUGAACCAAUCAGAUUCAAAAUUAGAACCGAUCACGACUUCGUCACCCGGGUUUUCCCGCGCUUUUGGUUUUCCCGCGCUUAAGGUUUUCCCGCGCUUUAAGUUUUCCCGCG